AGGAAGGAGAAGGGACGGAGAGGUAAGAGGAAGAGAGACUCAAAAGGACAAAGGGAGGCGGGGACUCAUUCAUCUCCCAUCUCCGGCGAUCUCUUCCUCUUCUCUCCGGGAACAUGGAAACGGUAGAAAUGCCUUCCGUCGUCGCCGCCGCCGCCGUCGUCAAAUCGGAAGCAGCGGAAGACGCGAUUGGCUCAACCGCGGAUAUUUCCCAACCGCAUCCGCCGUCAGGUGAAGUCGAUUCGUUACCAGCUUCUGGAUCUUCCGAUGAAGUUGUUGUUGUCUCGGAUUUGACCCCGUCAGAUGAUGAUUUUGAUCACGGCGAUCAUCUUCCGGUCGAGGCCGACAAGGAUGAGUUGAAGAAGAAGAUCAUUAGACAGGUUGAGUACUACUUUAGUGACGAGAAUCUGCCUACUGACAAGUUUCUUCUCAAUGCUAUGAAGAAGAACAAGAAAGGCUUUGUUCCCAUAUCUACCAUUGCCACAUUCCAUAAAAUGAAGAAGCUUACACGAGACCAUGCUUUGAUUGUAUCCGCGUUAAAGGAGUCGUCAUUUCUUGUCGUUAGUUCGGAUGAGAAGAAGGUGAAGCGUCUGAGUCCUCUUCCUGAGGUCAGGGAUCCAAAGAUCUUCACUGUGCUGGUAGAAAAUUUGCCAGAGGAUCAUUCAGAAGAUAACAUUCGUACGAUAUUUGGUAAAGCUGGAAGCAUCAAAAGUGUAUCCAUAUGUGAUCCAAAUGCUGCUGAAGAAUCAGAGAAGGCUUGUAAGAAGGAAAAAUUUAUCAGAACCAGGUUACAUGCCUUUGUGGAAUAUGAAACAGUGGAGGCUGCUGAGAAAGCGGCAGCUACACUAAAUAAUGAGCAAGACUGGAGAAAUGGGCUUCGAGUUAAGCUUCUUGAACAAAAAGGAAAGUUUGCACAGAGAAGACCGGGUAGGAAGGAAGUUGAUACAGUGAAGGACAAUACAGGCCAAGUGCAUGAUCAAAUUGGAGGUGAGGAGAAUAAAAAGUCAAAUGAACAUGAGCAUCACCGUCACCAUCGUUCUGAUACUCCGGGUGAUAAUGAUAGUGGGGAUAAAAAUGGGAACAAAACCAGAAGUCGGGGACGGGGAAAGAGACAGAAUCAUCAAGGCAACAACGCAGGACAUGGAAGCUCACCAUCAACCUCAUCGUCUCUUCAUCAUAAUUAUAAGCAUCAUCAUCAUCAUCACGUUGAGGUCUCAAAGCCUCCGCCGGGUCCGAGAAUGCCUGAUGGGACGAGAGGGUUCACAAUGGGACGUGGUAAACAGGUUCCUCCUCCCACGUCUGCUCAAACCAGUCACGAAGUUUGAUGGGUUUUCUAUCUCUGUUGUAUCAUUGUGUUGUGUGUGGUUUUUAAAAUGGGAAACAUGUAAGUUAUGAUAACUGAGAUUGUUGUGUGGGGCUUUGAAUUUCCUUUUUUUGCAUAUUCAAGUCCUCUGAAUCUUCACUUGGGUUUUCUAAGCCUUUUUUGGUUGAACGGGAGAAUGAAUCCAUUUGAUGACUU